AUGUUGCCCAGCCUGGCCCACAGACCAUGGCAAGUCUUCUGCAGAGUGUCCCUGCAGCACAGAUCUUCUCUGCCCUGUCGGUCUUUCAGGUUCCCGCAGCUGUGUCGCGGUUGCCAGAGUGGAGGCAUGCACAGCUUGUGGUUUCAACAUCCAGACUGUCGAGUGGCCUCCGUGGGGUGGGGUAAGGUCCAGUGCUACUCUUCUUCCAGCAACAGUAAAGAUGGUCCCCCCAAAUCACAGUCAGGCUCGGCUCCUUCACGAGAAAAAGUGUCUGGUGCACCAAAAGUCACCCCAGGUUUACAAGGUAAAUUGGCUCAAGGACUGUCAAAAGUUGAGACAAUUCAAGUUAAAGUCCGAGCUGUCCUCAAGAAAAGAGAAUAUGGAGCCAAAUACACUCAGAACAACUUUAUCACUGCUGUUAGAGCCAUGAAUGAAUUUUGUCUCAAACCAAGUGAUUUGGAACAGCUUCGUAAGAUCAGAAGGCGCAGCCCUCAUGAUGACACAGAAGCUUUCACCGUGUUUUUACGUUCAGACGUUGAGGCCAAAGCACUGGAUGUAUGGGGAAGCCUUGAAGCUCUGGCCCGGGAGAGGAAUCUCAGAAAAGAGGUGGAGCGGGAAUACGAAGAGAAUAUUUUUCGGAAUCAACAGCUGUUGAAAGAAUACAAAGACUUUUGGGGAAACACUAAGCCACGAUCAGGAAAGAGGACAAUGUUUCUACAGGGUCCAGGGAAGGUGGUCAUAGUUGCCAUUUGCAUCAACGGGUUGAAUUUCUUCUUCAAGCUUCUGGCUUGGGUCUACACUGGAUCAGCCAGCAUGUUCUCAGAAGCCAUCCACUCUCUGGCUGACACCUGCAACCAGGCUCUGCUCGCACUGGGAAUCAGCCAGUCUGUCCGCAACCCGGACGCCAUUCACCCUUAUGGCUUUUCCAAUAUGCGCUACAUCGCCUCCCUUAUCAGUGGAGUUGGUAUUUUCAUGAUGGGAGCAGGCCUGUCCUGGUAUCAUGGUAUUAUGGGAUUGCUGCACCCGGAGCCCAUUGAGUCUUUGUUAUGGGCUUAUUGUAUUUUGGCGGGCUCUCUGGUGUCUGAAGGAGCCACCUUAUUAGUUGCAAUCAAUGAGAUCAAGAAGAGCGCCCGCCAGCAUGGGAUAUCUUUUUAUGAAUAUGUAAUGCAGAGUCGUGACCCCAGUACGAAUGUGGUGCUGCUGGAAGACGCUGCCGCCGUGUUUGGCGUUAUUUUAGCUUCUGGCUGCAUGGGGCUCACCUCACUCACAGGUAACCCGUACUACGACAGUCUGGGCUCUCUUGGCGUGGGAACCCUGCUUGGCACCGUUUCAGCCUUCCUCAUCUACACUAACACCGAGGCACUGCUGGGACGCUCCAUACAGCCGGAGCGUGUCCAGAAGCUGACAGAGUUUCUGGAGAACGAUCCUGCGGUCAGGGCCAUCCAUGAUGUGAAGGCCACAGAUAUGGGGCUGAGUAAAGUUCGCUUCAAGGCUGAAGUUGACUUUGAUGGCCGAGUGGUGACGCGGUCUUAUCUGGAGAAACAAGACAUCGACCAAAUCCUUAACGAAAUUCAACAGGUAAAAUCCCCUGAAGAGCUGGAGAUCUUCAUGCUGAAACACGGGGAGAACAUCAUCGAUACGCUGGGAGCUGAAGUGGACCGCUUGGAGAAAGAACUCAAGCACCGUAACCCAGAGGUUCGACACGUAGACUUGGAGAUCCUAUAGUACCUGAAGGGCCACUGAGGAAACAUUCUGCAGCACCUAAAAGAACAUUAGAAGAAGAAAGGAUAGCCAGGUCCACCUCUUCCUCUGACCACCACAAACAACUCGUCAAGUCUUACCGAAGAACAGUCUGGAGACCAAAACACAGCCGAACAGAGAGAGUUCAUCCUGCUGGAGAUCCUCGUUCACGCUGACGUUCGAGUGGUUCUGGAUCUCAACAGGAAGUGUAGGAUCCUCCAUGUUUGCUUUUUGUUCCACAUUCCUCCAGUUGUACAUCUGCUUUUGAACAAGUCAGCUGUUUGGAAAGCAAAACCCAGAGCAGGACCAGGACCGUUUCUGUGCUUUACUUUAAUGUCGUGCUGGAACCACAGUGAUCGAGUUUCCUUCGUUCGAGCCAAGGAAACCCAAGCGCUGCGUAUUUAAACAACUUAUUUAAUCUCUAGACAACGUUUUUUGAAAAACUUGUGAACGAUGGCUCCACGCUGCACAGAUUCUAACAAGGGUUGGUGGUAAGAUUUUUAUUGGUAUUACAGAAAAACGCAAAAAAGCUGUUAUUAAAGCUUCUUAUUAGAUAUUAGAGGUGAAGAGUUAACUUGACGAGAGAAUCACUUAAAAUAGUUUAUAUAUAAAACUAAUUUUUGUAAUCUUUUAUGAAAACUAAAAAAAAGAUAGAUAUUUUUUCCUUUCUUUGUGGCAGUCCUGAAGUUUUGAGUAUUUUGAGGUUUUCAGAUGAUGGUUUUAUGUUCCUGUAAUGCAGCUCUGGCCAGAAUGGGAAAGUAGUCUCCUUUUCUACAGAAUAUAAAGUCCAAGUUCUUCAUCGCAAAACUACCAACCGCAUAAACGAGCUGCGUAUUGUUCAGAUUUCCACAAACGCUGAGCUCUGCCAACAGAUGUCAAACUUUGUGUGGUAAAUCAGUGUAAAUACCUCCAUCUUGGUGUUUUGUGCUGAAUGUUUUGUGUAAAAUUUGCAGAGUUGGUGUGCUUUUUUUUUUUUUUUUUGCUUUCGGCCCUGCAUCCAG